AUGGUGACCGGCGGCGGCGGGGCCGUACAGGCGGCGGCGGCGGCGCCGAGAUGGCUCCGGGGGAGAGUCAAGUCCGUGCCUUCCGGCGACACCUUGGUGAUCAUGGAGAGCGCCGCCAAGACGGAUAAGAUCCCUCCGCUGGAAGAGUGCGUCACGCUCUCGUGCAUCAUUACGCCUAGGCUGGCACGGCGUGGUGGGAUAGACGAGCCUUUCGCAUGGAAGAGCAGAGAGUUCCUGAGGACGAUGCUCAUCGGCCAAGAGGUCUUGUUUCGAGUAGAAAAUGCGCCCCAGUCCUCCGGACGCAAAUUCGGAACAGUAUACUUUGGCGAGAAGAACGUCGCUUGCCUGGUAAUCGCUGCUGGUCUUGCAAAGGUGAAAGACCAAGCGAGGAAGGGUGACCUAAGCCCAUAUGUCCCUGAGUUGCUAAGGCUCGAGGAUCUAGCCAAGAACCAAAACUUAGGCCAUUGGACCAAGGAUCUUGGUGCUCUUGAGGAGUCAGUAAGAUGUCUGCCACCAUCGGCAAUCGGAGAUGGUAGAGCUUUUGAUGCCAAGAGCUUUGUUGCUGAAAACAAAGGCAAGAGCUUGGAAGCCAUUGUGGAGCAAGUUCGCGAUGGAAGCACUAUUCGCGUGCACUUGAUUCCCAGCUUCCAUUUUGUCCAAGUUUAUAUUUCUGGCAUCCAAGCCCCAUCAAUGGGACGACGAAUAACUAAUCCAAAUGCUCAAGUUGAAGCUGUUGGCAAUGGUGAAGCAAAUGGAGAAGCUUCUGCUACCCCAACACCAAUGACAGCAGCACAGAAACUCAUGGCGUUACCUGCAAUCCCAGCAGACAGGUUUGGGGAGGAAGCCAAGCACUUCACCGAGACACGGGUUCUCAACAGAGAAGUGCGGAUUGUGUUGGAAGGUACAGAUAAUUUCAACAACAUAUUUGGUUCGGUUUAUUAUUCUGAUGGGGACAUGGCAAAGGACUUGGCACUUGAGCUAGUACAAAAUGGGCUUUCAAAGUAUGUCGAAUGGAGCGCAAACAUGCUUGAUCCUCAACUUAAAAUAAAGUUGAGGAAUGCUGAUCUUCAGGCUAAGAAGGAACAUAUAAGAAUGUGGACUGGAUUUAAACCCCCGGUGACAAAUACAACCCCAAUUAAGAACAAAAAUUUCACAGGAAAAGUGAUAGAGCUUAUGAAUGGAUACUGCAUAGUGGUUGCUGAUGAUGUUGGACCUUAUGGAAGUCCUUCAGCAGAACGCCGGGUUAAUCUUUCAAGCAUUAGGCCUCCUAAGCUGGAGAAGUAUUCGGAAGAGAACAAAUCUUAUGAACAAUUUGCUCGUGUAGUAAAAGAAUUCCUGCGCAGCAGAUUGAUUGGAAAACAAGUCAAUGUCUCCAUGGAGUACUCAAUGAAGAUCAACACUACGGAUGGAAAAAAUGGUGAAACCAGAGUUUUGGAGUACGGCUCGGUCUUUCUUCCCUCACACGUUGACGCAGAGACCGCUCCUUCCACUGCCAGCCCGGAGAACCAACCUGGAGUCAACGUUGCUGCGCUGCUCCUCUCGCGUGGACUGGCAGACGUAACCAGGCAUCGGGAGUACGAGGACAGGUCACACUACUACGAUGCUCUUGUUGCUACCCAUGCUCGAGCCGAAAGGGCGAAGAAAGGCUACCACUCCAAGAAGGAUUUGCCAGUGAUCCACAUAACCGAUCUGACGACGGCUCCACCGAAAAAGGCAAAGGAGUUCCUUCACCUAUUGCGCAGCAGGAGGCACCCUGCCAUCGUCGAGCACGUUUUCAACGGCCAUCGCUUCAAAGUGACGAUCCCUAAAGAGACCUGCACAGUUGCAUUCUCAUUCUCCGGCGUUCGCUGUCCGGCGAGGGACGAGCCCUAUUCCAACGAGGCCACUACGAUGAUGAGGAGGAGGAUACUGCAACGAAAUGUUGAGGUUGAGAUUGAAGCAGUCGAUAGAUUUGGAACGUUCUUGGGUUCCUUGUGGGAGUCCAAUACCAACGUGGCAUCGGUUCUUUUGGAGGCUGGUCUAGCUAAGCUCGGUCCAUUUGCAGUGGACAGGAUCCCGGAGGCUCAGGUUCUCAUAAGGCUGGAAAAAAUGGCAAAGCAAAAAAAGUUGAAGAUAUGGGAGAACUACGAGGAAGUAGAGGUUCCCAACAGGCCCACACAUGAUGGCAAUAAAGAGAUUAUCAACGUUAUUGUUACUGAAGUUCUCGGCGCUGGAAUGUUCUAUGUACAAUCACUUGCUGAUGAUGAACGCGUGAAGUUCAUUCGCCAACAGCUCGAUUCUCUAGAUGCUAAAGAUCCAGGUGAAACUUUAGAAGUGAAAGAUCAAACUUCAAAAGAUGAGCAUUCAUCGCCGGUGGCUGAUUUGGAAAUUAAAGAUUUACCUGAAACAUUGGAUGCUGAAGAGCCAUGUUCUGAUGUGGCUAAGGAUGAGGAGGCCAUUACCUCCAAGGAUAAUGUCGAAUCGGUAGCUCCAUUAGCGAAUGCUUCAAUCACUACUCCAUUUACCCCUUCUAUGGGAGAAAUGGUGCUUGCCUGGUUCAGCUUCGAUCAUUCAUGGAAUAGAGCCAUGGUUAUAAGUGAGCAUCAGGGAGCUACAGAGCUUGAGUUUGAAGUAUUUUACAUUGACUAUGGAAACCAAGAGCAUGUUCCCUAUAGUUGCCUAAGACCUAUUGACCCAUCAAUUUCCUCUAUUCAUCCCCUUGCCAAGCUAUGCAGCCUUGCUUUUGUGAAGGUACCAGGUCUAAAUGACUACCUUGGAGAAGAAGCAGCGAUACAUCUAAACAGUAUCUUAGUUGACAAAACAUUUGAGGCUGUUGUUGAAGAACGAGAUGACCUAGGAGGAAAACUACAGGGUCAAGGAGCUGGGGAAAUCCUUGCCGUGACUUUACUCGACAGUGAGACUGAAAAUAGCAUCAAUGCUGAGAUGCUAGAGAAAGGGUAUGCUCGACUUGAAAGGCGAAGAUUGGACUUGGGGGAGAGACGGAUAGGCAUAAAGAAGCUUGAAAAAUCUCAGGAGGAAGCAAGGAAAGAGCAACUAGGUGUUUGGGGCCAAGAAAAUGCAAGAAAUCAUGUUUUAGAUGAUGACAAAGAGUACCCUGCUCUGGCUAGAGCACUAGCUCCCCCUAAGAAAUGAUAUGACUUGGUCAAGUUUAUUGCCUCUCGAUCUAACUAAUGUCAUAAAAGUUUCAGUGAGACCACACACCUUGUAUCUACAUGACAAUUCUCUUUUAGUUUCAUUCUUUA